AGCUGAGGAGGAGCCGGAGGUCCGCUGGUGGCGGUGGAGGCCCGCUUCCCCUCCCCUGCACCCCGGCAUGGCGGCUAGUGAUUCUGAGCGAGAGGCCAAUGCCCCAGAGAAAUCAUCUCCUGAUAGAGAAAAGAAAAAGGAACGAUCGGAUGCAUCCAGUUCACCUAGAACUUCAAAACACCAUUAUUCAAGGUCACGUUCACGAUCAAGAGAAAGAAAACGAAAAUCAGAUAAUGACGGAAAAAAAUACAGAAGCCGGAGCAGAAGCAAAGAGGCACGAAGACAUGGGUCCAAAGAGAAGUCCUCUAAGAAGCACAAAUCUGAAGACCAUAACGAUAAAGACCACUCUUCAGAUAAAGGGAGAGAGAGCCUGAACUCUUCUGAGAAUGGUGAGGAUCGGCAUAAGCGCAAGGAGAGGAAGUCCUCGAGAGGGCGCAGCCAUUCAAGGUCUCGAUCUCGUGAAAGGCGUUACCGUAGUAGAAGCCGCGACAGAAAAAAGUCCCGCUCCCGCAGUCGAGAUAAAAAGCGGCGUGCUAGAUCAAGGUCUAGAUCCAGAUCUAGACACAGACAUAGAAGUCGGAGCAGGAGCAGAACCAGGAGCAGGAGCAGGGAAAGAAAGAAGAGACCCGAAAAACCACGAAGGUUCAGCAGAAGUCACAGCCGAACUCCUAGUCCCCCGCCCUUUCGGGGGCGAAACACAGCAAUGGAUGCGCAGGAAGCAUUGGCCAGAAGGUUGGAAAGAGCAAAAAAAUUGCAAGAACAGAGAGAGAAAGAAUUGGUUGAAAAGCAGAAGCAACAGGAAAUGGCUGCUGCGGCAGCUGCCACCGGCGGUUCAGUCAUCAAUGUCGCAGCUCUCCUGGCCUCCGGGACACAGGUCACUCCUCAGAUAGCCAUGGCGGCCCAGAUGGCAGCCCUGCAAGCCAAGGCUCUGGCAGAGACAGGAAUAGCAGUCCCAAGCUACUACAACCCGGCAGCGGUGAACCCCAUGAAGUUUGCCGAGCAGGAAAAGAAGAGGAAAAUGCUGUGGCAGGGCAAAAAAGAAGGGGAUAAAUCACAAUCUGCAGAAAUCUGGGAGAAACUGAACUUCGGAAAUAAGGACCAAAAUGUCAAAUUUAGAAAGUUGAUGGGUAUUAAGAGCGAGGAGGAAGCCGGGGGUAGUAGUUCAGUGGAUGAAGAAAGCUAUAAGACUUUGAAACAGCAAGAAGAAGUAUUUCGAAAUCUCGAUGCGCAGUACGAAAUGGCACGGUCACAAACACACACCCAAAGAGGAAUGGGAUUGGGCUUUACAUCUUCAAUGCGAGGAAUGGACGCUGUUUGAAGAAACGUCAUCCGAAAGCUUGAGACCUCGAGAUUCUUGUUCAGACGUUGGGUCCUUGCUCACCAAAAGCUAGCAUCCUAGCUUGCAUGGGUGUUACAUUGACUUUAAUUUAUUGACAUUACAAUUUUUGUAAAUAUCAGAUCAGUGAUAACUGGUGUUCCGUGUUGUAAUCAGGUUAUGCUCCCUCCGUUACACGCGGCAGAGCUCUAGGAGGACGUUUCUAGCUCUGUGGUUUUAAAACAGAACGGCUGAGGGUGAACUCAUACACGGAUAUUUUGUGUCCACUGUGUUGUGUACUUUUGUACUUUAAACCUGUACAGUUGUUUUCAACUCUUGAAGCAUAAAACACAUUGUAUUGGUGUUAAACUAGCAGAUUGGGCCAGUGGGUCCAUAAUGCAGUGCAGCAACCUGGUUAAUAAACACGUUUUUCUCAAAGAGU